AUGCUUUACGGCAGUGUCGCAAAUCAUAAUGUAACGUUACACAUGGAAACUAGCUCACGGCCGGAGUUUUGUUUACACUCUUGGGGAGCCAACAGCUACGGGCAGCUGGGACAGGGACAUGUGGAGGAUCUGUCAGAGCCCCGGCUCUCUGACACCACUGCUCUACAAAACAUGGCAAUACGGGCUCUCAUCGGCGGCGGGGGUCACUCGGUGGUUAUCACGGAGAAUGGAGAGGUGUUUGUGUGCGGACAGAAUCACCGAGGCCAGCUGGGUCUUGGUCACAAUGUAGACAUCUCAACUCUUCAACUCUGCCGCAGCCUGACUCAGAGGGUCACAACAGUAGCCUGUGGUUGGGAUUUUACUCUUCUUCUCAGUGAUUGUGGUCGAGUACUGGCAUGUGGCUCCAAUGCAUUUGGACAACUAGGUGUUGGACAAACAGUCACACACUGUGCAGAUCUACUGGUUGUUGAGAGUCUGAAGGAGCCAGUGUUGAGUGUAGCAGCAGGACUCAGACAUUCACUAGCUGUUACUGUCUCAGGCUGCAUAUAUCAGUGGGGAAGUGGUCUUUUUAAUCACGCUAAGAGAGCACUCAGUCCUCGCCCUGUCCCGUCACACCUCAGCUCUACGGUACCCUCUCUCGUACCCGGUCUGGAUCAUAAGACCUCACGCAUGGUAACUGCAGGCUCAGCGCACUGUGUUUGCCUUACCGGAGACGGUGAUUUGUUUCUGUGGGGAAGCAACAAGCACGGCCAGCUGACCACCGCACAGCCCUUCCUGUCCUCUCCCACUCUUGUGAAGCGCUCACUGCUAGGUGGAGAGAAAGUUAUCAGGGUGUGGAGUGGCUGGACACACAUUGUUGCUCAAACAGAGAGUGGGAGAGUGUUCACAUGGGGCAGAGGAGAUUAUGGACAGCUGGGCCGACAAGCAUCAACCAGUCAGAACCCAGAGCUGCAACCGACUGCUCCUUCAGCUGGAAACCAGGAGGCUUGCCUCCCUGCAGAGGUUAAUGUCCUCCGUGGAGCGACACAGAUCGCAUGCGGAUCUGAACAUAACCAAGCCAUUGUAGGGGGUUGUCUUCUCUCCUGGGGCUGGAACGAACAUGGAAUGUGUGGAGACGGUUCACAGAGCAACGUCUUUCAGCCACAGCUCGUUUCUGGUCUCACACCUCUUCUAAUUGGCUGUGGAGCCGGACACUCUAUGGCAGUGUGCACUGCGACGACUGACUCAAGACAAAACUCUGCAGUGACCCUACCUCAGUAACAUCGGAGCUGGAACAUUUAUUUAGCACAAGGCAAUCGGAGACAAAAAACCUGAAUAACUUUGUGAAUUAACAAAUUUCUGACAGAUUUAGGGUGCUUAUUGGUGCCUUGCAAAGCUCACAUGAGUAUUCUAAGUGCCUUUGAAUAUACUGUAACUUUCACCUUUUAAUAGGUUACUUGAGCUCCUUGAAAAGAUCCGGCUUUAAACUGCAGUCAUCAUAAAUAGUGUGGUGGACACAGGCUGAGUUAUGUUACAUGUGGACAGAAGCCAUCAUGACCAGCCCAUCACUUUGAUGGACAUGAUUGGGGCCGAUGACUUUGCAGGAAAUGACCGUGCCCGUGGCUCCUGGUCCACCUGCCAUGUUUGUCUUUCUGAAGAAAGCCGUUAAGAAUCAUGUGAGGGAUGGGCUAGACUGGUGCUAUAGCUCCAUCUUCCCAUGUCAGCAGUUUUAUUGCUGUGAUCCUGAGUGUCAGAAGGCAGUCAAUCUCUGCACUUCGUACUGAAAAUCCCUUGGUCAUCUCAUGAUUUACCACUUAAACAGACAGUGAGUGCAGUAUUUUUUCUUUGGCAACUCUCCAUCACUUAUUUAUAUUCUUGGCAGUCUGUCAUAUUCUUUGAUAUUCCGUUUGUCUUAUUUCCACCACUUUCAUACUCUCUGCUUUAUUAAUCCCUCUUGGGAGAAAUUUGUCCACUGCAUUUGACCCAAUCUACAUAUUUAUGAGCUUUAGGUGGCCGCAGUGCAGCAUGCAGGGACCAACUGCAGGUCUGAAGCCAGUGUUAUGGUCAAGGGCAAUGGCAGGACUCAAUGGUUAAAAAAGUUUUUAUUUUAUCCUUAUGAUUUAUGCAAAUUAUAAAUAUAAAAAAACAUAUCACUGAUUUAUGCAUUAAUAAAAGUUGAAUUAAUGUGCUUAUAUCUGGAUUAGUUUGAAAAAUAAAUCAACACUCGUUGAAAAUGA